AUGUAUUACCCCCUGACAACUUUCAUCUCUCUCCCUCCUCCAACAUACCGUCCCCGGAGAAGACUCAGUCCGACUAAUUACGGUCAACUAAGUCGACGUCGUAUUCUUCCUAUACUCUUAGCACUUAGCAUUCCCAUAUUGACUCUCCUCCUCGUUCGAGAACUGAGUCUGCAUCAUACUCUUCGCAAGGCCGGACAACAUCAAGCUUGGCUGGGAGAAAGUACGGACUUGGUAGUUCUGAGAAGAGAAUAUGAAAGGAAGAGGAGAAAAGAAUUGUCUUCUUUGACAAAGAAGAAGAGAUGGAGGAGGGAAGAGGGCUUUCGUCAGUCUCAGAGAGACGGGGAAGAGACCGCAGAAGGUGAGAGGGAGGAAGAGAGAUUGAGAAGAGAGGUUGAGGAUUGGUGGCCUGUUUGGUGGGGAAAUAGAGAUGAGGUUGGGAAAAGUCCUUGGGAUCAUACACCUAUAGAAGGGAGAAAACGGAGGGUCUUGUUUUUGACCGACGUUAUGAACACACACACGUACGAACUCGUUGACGCCGCUCUUCGGCAUCCUAACGUCAUCGUAGAUGUCUGGGGACCGAAAUGGGCUGGCUGGAACUCCUCAUUGCCUCUUUCAGCCAAUAUUAAACGUAGACAGAGAAGAAUCGCUCAGUUGGAGACUAGUAAGAGGAUUUGGGAGAGUGAGAAGCAAAUGGAGGAGGAAAGAAGGAAGCGGAAAGAUAGAGGAUGGUGGUUUGGGUUCGGGGAUCCUGGUAGACCUCCUGGAAUAGAGGAAGAAGAGGAAUCGCAACAGGAAUGGGUGAAACCUCCUUGGAUAACUGAGGAUGAGAAUGAGGAAGGGGAACAGGCAUGUGGGGAAGUUGUUUUUGAUAUUGCUUGGACUAUCUCGGACAUCUUUAAACAAAAAGAUCCUCUGGUAGAUGUCCUGGAAUGUGGAACCCUUCUGGUGCAACAAUUAGGCGACUGCCAUUCACUCAGAUGCAUGUUGGAAUGGUAUCCACAAGCCAACAAUAUAACAUUGUCAAAAUACGCCUUUGAGCUUCAAGAGGUGUUCGAGUAUGAGAGAGUGAGAAAGGAGUUUCCGAACUGGGAGAUGGGGUUGUUUGGACAUAACCCGGACACUGGUAACGAAUGGGAUUUCUAUCCUAUGCCAUGGAUGAACAAAACUGUCGACGCGAAAAUGUUUGGAUUUGAAAGUUCUUUCUAUCCGAUCCGCACUACAGUCAGUGAUCAACUCCAUAGACAAGAAGAAGAUCCUUCCAUACUCCCCUCUCCAAUCGUUCGACAUCUACACCCAGGUUAUUUCAUUUGGCCACCGGAAGAAGCCCGAAAAGUACCUUUGGAAACGUACCAGAGAAAUCAUACAUAUUAUGCGGAGCAUAGACGAUUAAGGGCAGAUUUUGCCACUCGGUUGAGGGAGACAAGGAUCUGUGUGUUUGAUGCGAGUUUGGAAAGGAAGAUGAUACGUAAAUACGCACAAGCUUUUUUAUCAGGUUGUGUGGUAGCUGCCGACCUUCCCACGGAACAAGAAUCCGCCUUGAAACGUUUCACUAUCCCUCUCAAACCAUCAUGGCCUAUUGAACGUAUUGACGAAGAAUUACGAAGAUACCUCGACCGUCCGGAAAGACUCCAUCAGAUGGCUUUGGACGCAUUUGCAUAUGCUCGGAAAGAGUUGACUACGACACGGAAGAUUAGUGAUGUUUUAGAUAUGGCCGAUGCGUAUCGAGCCGGUGUGAGGGGAUAUGAGCAUCCUCAUAGUUUCUCACUCCGAUGUCGUGCGUAUUGGUCUGGGGACGCAUAUCGACCACCUUGGUGUAAAGAAGAUCAUUUCAGGGGAUUAGAGGGUUAA